AUCACAUCCUUUUCCCUCUCACAGCAGUGUCUCUGCAAUCUUCUCUCCUGCUUUUCUCUGGAGCAUUCUGAGUGCCAUACAGACAGAGUGGUAGAAGCCAUGGCUAUGUCUCUCAGUGGAGAUAUAUGUGUGGUAACAGGAGCAUGUGGCUUUCUUGGGGAAAAGCUGGUCAGGCUGCUGCUGGAGGAUGAAAAGCUUCUAGAGAUCCGACUGCUGGACAGAAACAUCGGACCUGGCUUUAUACAGUCUCUUGAAGGUUGCAGGGGUGAGACGAAACUGACUGAGUUUGGGGGUGACAUCAGGGACCGUGAGCUACUGAAGAGAGCCUGCAGAGGAGCAACAGUCAUCUUCCACACUGCCUCCCUCAUAGACGUCAUCGGAGCUAUCAACUACAGCGAAUUGCAUGGGGUCAAUGUGAAAGGCACCCAGCUGCUCCUAGAGACAUGUAUCCAAGAGAAUGUGCCUUCAUUCAUAUAUACCAGCAGCAUUGAGGUUGCUGGUCCAAACCCUCGUGGAGAACCCAUCAUCAAUGGUAAUGAGGACACAGCGUACACUUUGUGCUUGAAGUUUCCCUAUAGCAAAACCAAAAAGGAAGCUGAGCAGCUUUGCCUCAGUGCCCAGGGAGAGCUGCUCGAAAACGGUGCACAACUUGCUACAUGUGUUCUGAGGCCAAUGUACAUUUAUGGCGAAGGCUGCCGUUUUACUUUAGGCCAUAUGCGGGAUGGCAUCCGGAACGGUGAUGUGUUACUGCGGACUUCCCAGCGUGAGGCUAAAGUGAAUCCUGUGUAUGUGGGAAAUGUUGCUCUGGCACAUCUGCAGGCCGCUCGAGCUCUGAAAGAUCCGCAAAAGAGAGCUGUGGUUGGUGGAAACUUUUACUACAUCUCAGACAACACGCCACACGUCAGCUACUCCGACUUCAACUAUGCCGUUCUGUCUCCUUUAGGCUUUGGAUUACAGGACAAACCCACCCUACCUUUCCCUGUUCUCUACCUCAUCUCCUUCUUCAUGGAAAUGCUCCAAGCAGUGCUCCGCCCCUUCCUACGCUUUACCCCGCCCCUCAAUAGACAGCUUCUGAUCAUGCUGAACACGCCCUUCAGCUUCUCCUAUCAAAAGGCCCACAGAGAUCUGGGAUACACGCCUCGUUAUGAGUGGGCAGAAGCACGUCAGCGAACUACUGACUGGCUAGCUUCUGUCUUAGCCCGAGAAAGGGAGCGCAUUAGUGCGAAAUGAAAGCCUACAGCUUUGUGUUUUAUGUUCCACUGACAGACUUCAACAGAAUGUGGCAGCUUUUGUGUAGUUGCAUACAUUGUGUGUAGUUUCAAUCCUCAUUUUAACAUGCCCUUGUCAACUGUGCCUUCUGUGGAUUUUUACAUCUUUAGUAGAAUACUUUUGAGCAUUAAUAUUUGUAGUAGUAUACUUUUGAGUAUUAAUGUUUGUAGUAGCAUACUUUUAACUAUUAAUAUCAGAAGGCAUUAACUCGCGCUUAGCAUUAAAGAGUUAUGACAUUCAUAUGGCAGGGUAGGCUACAACAGGCAGUUUGUGACAAACAUACAGAGAUGUACGCAACAGGAAACUGGCCAAGGCCAUAAACUGAAGUAGGUCUGCGCUUAACCGUUAAAACGUGAGGUUUUCGUUAGAACAUGAGGUUUUCACAUCCAUAUAUGGUAAACCAUAUGUCCAUUGCACCCACUAAACAGGAACAUGUACACAUUUAGGUUUAGCUUAUACGCACACACAUAUUCAGCUUCAGGG